UAAAUAGCCGCAGACUAGUGGGAGCGAGAGCUGGGACCGUUCCGCAGUCGCAAACUCGUACGAGCUCGCCAUUGGCGACCUGCUUUACGAACAGAAAACGAUAAUUCUUUGAUCACCAAGAACGUAUUGGAAAACCCAUUUACGAAAAGAAGAAGAAGAAGAGGAGUAAUCGGAAAUGGCGCUUUCACGGCUUCGGCAUCCGGUGAGAGAGAUCUCUCGCGCUCCGUCUCUCCUCCUGAAAGCCCGUCUUGUCUCGAACUCCUCUUCUAGAUCUCUUUCAAGCCCUCCCUGUAUGCGAAAUUCUCUUGUGGGUGGUCAUGGAUCUGUAUUAAGGCCUGCAUGUUUAUUUAUGCUCACGGGUGUUCAUGAUAAUUCUUUGAAGUUAAAGCUGCGGGUUGGUGGUAUCAAGUACUUCUCUUCUGCUGAUCCACCACAUACAACACUCCAGAUGCCAGCUCUGUCUCCUACAAUGAAUCAAGGUAAUAUUGCGAAAUGGAGGAAGAAAGAAGGAGAUAAGAUAGAGGUAGGCGAUGUACUAUGUGAAAUUGAGACUGACAAAGCUACUCUUGAGUUUGAAAGCCUUGAAGAGGGGUUUCUGGCUAAGAUUUUGGUACCUGAAGGCUCAAAGGAUGUACCUGUUGGACAACCUAUUGCAAUAACGGUUGAGGAUCCAGAUGAUAUCAAAAAUGUCCCUGCUACUGUGGGAGACGGAUCUGAGGUCAGAGAGGAAAAAUCAACAACUACGGACAAUGUGCUAGAGAAAAAUUCGAUGAAGACAUCUGAGCUUCCUCCUCAUGCUGUUCUUGAUAUGCCUGCAUUAUCCCCAACUAUGAAUCAAGGAAACAUUGCAAAGUGGCGAAAGAAAGAAGGAGACAAGAUAGAAGUGGGUGACGUAAUAUGUGAGAUAGAGACAGACAAAGCCACCCUUGAAUUUGAAAGUCUUGAAGAGGGGUACUUGGCUAAAAUAGUAGCACCUGAAGGUUCAAAGGACAUAGCUGUGGGACAACCUAUUGCAGUAACAGUUGAGGAUCCAGCUGAUAUUGAAACGGUCAAAAAUAGUGCUAUCAGUGGUUUGGGAAUCAAAGAGGAAAUAGCAACACACAAUGACGAUGGAAAUGAAGCAAAAGCUCAAAAAACAAGUAUUGCAAGGAUCAGUCCAUCUGCAAAGUUGCUAAUUACAGAAUAUGGAUUGGAUUCAUCAACAUUAAAAGCAUCGGGUUCUCAUGGUACGCUGCUGAAGGGGGAUGUUUUAUCUGCAAUUAAGGCAGGAAAAGGAUCUUCUAAAGUCUCUUCAUCUAAAGAGAAGGCACCUACAUCACCUCAAACCACGCUAAAAGCUUCUGCCACAGUUUCACCAGAUACUAGAUCUCACUUGAAGCAGUCAGAUUCUUUCGAAGAUCUUCCCAAUAGUCAAAUUCGCAAGGUCAUAGCUAAAAGGUUGAUAGAAUCAAAACAAAAUACACCACAUUUAUAUUUAUCAGCAGAUGUUGUACUGGAUCCUCUUCUUUCUCUUAGGAAGGAACUCAAAGAGCAGCAUGAUGUUAAAGUUUCAGUGAAUGACAUUGUCAUCAAAGCUGUAGCGGUUGCGUUGAGAAAUGUACCGGAAGCCAAUGCUUACUGGAAUGUUGAGAAAGGAGAAAUUGUACUGUGCAAUUCUGUUGACAUUUCAAUUGCAGUGGCGACGGAGAAGGGAUUAAUGACUCCAAUAGUGAGGAAUGCAGAUCAGAAGACAAUAUCGUCAAUAUCCUUGGAGGUGAAGGAAUUAGCUGAGAAGGCAAGGGCAGGCAAGCUUUUGCCAAAUGAAUUCCAAGGAGGAACUUUUAGCAUUUCGAACUUGGGAAUGUUUCCGGUGGACAAUUUUUGUGCAAUAAUAAACCCCCCUCAGGCUGGUAUUCUAGCUGUUGGUAGAGGCAACAAAGUUGUUGAACCAGUAAUUGGAAGUGAUGGAGUCGAGAGGCCUGCAGUUGUCACAAAAAUGAACUUAACAUUAUCUGCUGAUCACCGUGUUUUUGAUGGCAAAGUUGGAGGUGCAUUCCUCUCAGCUUUGCAUUCAAACUUUAGUGACGUCCGAAGACUUCUUCUGUAAUAACAUAAGAGAAGCCCCCAAUUAACUACUGGGAUACCCUGAGAUCAACCAUGGUGGAGGAUGUAAUUCAAAAUUUUGUCAGAAUUUUUCAGAUUAGCGUGUAAUUUUCUUCAUGGAGUCACCUAUCAAAAAAAAAAAUUUCUUCAUGGAGUUCCCCUCCAUUCUACCGUCUUGCUUGCGGUAUUUUUGAACCCAACUUUCCCAUAGAUAACCAAAUUGCUGAGGCGCAUAAGCCAUGAGGUUUUUGCACAAUUUUCAGGUUUCUAAUGUUAUGAGGUUUAAGACAAUUGUACUGAGGUUUUCUGGAUAAGAAAACACAACUGUUAGAAGGUUCUGAUUUUUUUCAUUACUCCAUUUUUCAGAAUAAUGAUGUAUAAAAAAACCAAGGAAAAUAAGCAUCUUUGUCAAUGAAUGAAUUCUGGAUUGUUAUUGAUGGUGAUGCUGGUGAAAUGUUCAUUGUA